AUGGGCCAGAAGGUCUUGUGUGAGGACAACCAGGAGUGCAAGGCUGAAACUCUACUCAUCUGUGAGGUUUUCAGUCAAGGCAUGGUCCAUGUAUCUCAAAGGCUGAAGAACUAUCUUGGUUUUGUGGAUCCUCAGAGCAAAUUCCAACCAGCCACAAACAUUCUGAGCAAGAUCUUUUUGAUUGACUAUUUCAGCUUCUGCAUGGAAAAGGGAGUGGAGGAAUGUAUCAUGACCAGCAAAAGGACCAAGAAGCAGUGUUACAUAUUCAGGAGGGACAGGAUCUGGUCUCUAGGCGCUGACAAGCAGAUCAAGCUUCAGCUGGUGGAGCAGCUGUCAGUGCAGGCUGUGCAGCCCACGGUGCUGGCACACUGCAGCCCUGAGGCCACACUGUUGGGCCAGCGCUUCCACAGCAGCAUGAAGCUGCUGGCAGAGUUCUGCUGUCUGGUGAGACGGGACUGCCUGGGCUUGCUCAUAAUGUUUGUGGUGCCAGGGAAACCCAAGGACACACCAGGAGUCCUGCUAGACGGCAGCCAGGAGGAGCAGAAAUGCUGCCUGUCGGGCAGGAGUGCCCUGCAGCAAUUUGUCAAUGGUACUGACAGCUUCCUGCCUGCUAAAGACUUGCUGGAGCACUGCCUCAGCACAACAGACGGGUGGAAGGAGGCAGGUAAUGUCUACAUAAGCUUUCAGUAA